CCGAGUGCUGGUCCCGGGGCCUCCGCGCGCCCUGUUUGCUCGUCUCCGGGCUGGAGGACCGCCUAGGCCGGGCGGGGAGAUCGCGUCUGGACCGUGGCUGGCGCUGCACUUGAACGUGCUCGGCAGCGGAGCGAGACCCGCCAAGAUGGCGGGGUCGCAGCCCCUGGCGCUGCAGCUGGAACAGUUGUUGAACCCGCGGCCGCGCGAGGUGGAUCCCGAGGCCGACCCGGAGGAGGCCACUGCUGCCAGAGUGAUUGACAGGUUUGAUGAAGGGGAAGAUGGAGCAGAAGAUUUCCCAGCAGUGGGCAGCAUUAGAAAACUGGCCUCUGCCUCCCUCUUGGAUGCAGACAAAAGGUAUUCUGGCAAGGCCACCUCUAGGCGAGCCUGGAAGGAAGACCACUGGGAACAACCUCUGCCAGGUUUAUCUGACCAGGAAAUAUCUGCUGGUGAAGGGUCUGAAGAUGAAGAUUCCGAGGAUCUGGACGAAUCCGAUGAGGAUGCAGCGAGUGUUGCAGAGGAGGAGUGGGCUGAAGAGGAUGAGGAUGAGGAUGAGAAGGACAGUGGUCUGGCCUCAAGGAAGAAGGAUGGAAACCGUGUGGCAACAGUGGGCAGCUUCAGGUCCCAGCCUAUCAGUGACUUUAAGAAAUUUACUGAGGGAAUGGAUGAUCUUGGUAGUGAUGAGGAUGAGGAAGAGGAGGAAGAAGAUGAGAGCGGCAUGGAAGAUGGCAAUGACGAGGAAGACUAUGAGAAUGAGAGUGAGGGUAGUGUUGCUGAUGGCCGGAACAGUGAAGACGAUGGUGUGGUGAUGACCUUCUCUAGUGCUAAAGUUUCUGAGGAAGUGGAGAAAGGAAGAGCUGUCAAGAACCAGAUAGCACUGUGGGACCAGCUUUUGGAAGGAAGGAUCAAGCUGCAAAAAGCUCUGCUAACCACCAAUCAACUUCCUCAACCAGAUGUUUUCCCUGUUUUCAAGAACAGAGGUGGCCCGGAAUUUGCCAGUGCCCUAAAAAAUAGUCACAAGGCACUAAAAGCAUUAUUGAGAUCGUUGGUUGAUCUUCAAGAAGAGUUGCUUUUCCAGUAUCCAGACACAAGAUACCUAGUAGAGGGGACAAAACCCAAAGCAGAAAGUGAGGAAGAGAUUUCUAGUGAAGAAGAGCCCGUAGAAGAGAAGAAGCAGAAAAGGGGUCCAGCAAAGAGGAAGCUGGAGAUGGAAGAAUAUCCCAGCUUUAUGGCAAAACGUUUUGCUGACUUUUCAGUCUAUAGGAACCGAACACUUCAGAAAUGGCACGACAGAACUAAGCUGGCUUCUGGAAAACUGGGGAAGGGUUUUGGUGCUUUUGAACGCUCAAUCUUGACUCAGAUUGAUCAUAUUCUGAUGGACAAAGAAAGAUUACUUCGAAGGACACAGACCAAGCGCUCUGUCUAUCGAGUUCUUGGCAAACCUGAACCAGAAGUGCAGCCUGUGCCAGAGAAUUUGCCAGGACAGCCGGAGAUCCUUCCUGAAGCUCCCACCAAUGCUCACCUGAAGGAUUUGGAUGAAGAAAUCUUUGAUGAUGAUGACUUUUAUCAUCAGCUCCUUCGAGAACUCAUAGAACGGAAGACAAGUUCCUUGGAUCCCAACGAUCAGGUUGCCAUGGGAAGGCAGUGGCUUGCAAUCCAGAAGUUAAGAAGCAAAAUUCACAAGAAAGUAGAUAGAAAAGCCAGCAAAGGAAGGAAACUUCGGUUUCAUGUCCUUAGUAAGCUCCUGAGCUUCAUGGCACCUAUUGACCAUACUACAAUGAAUGAUGAUGCCAGGUGA